AUGCUUAGCGGGAUUUUUAGCAAGCGCAAGAAGAGCCAGGAUCUGCGCCCCCCGUCGCUUCAAGACGUCAAGAAGUUUCGAGAUACUUACGCGAAAUAUGCCGAGCUCAGACAAGUGGAAACUCCUCCGUGCUUUGAAAAGAGCAUUUACAAAACCAUAGCCGGCCAAAAGCAGCUUCACACAGUCGAAUUUAGGCUGGAAGAUAUCACGGAUCCACAGAUGAUUGCUUUGGCCGAAGCUCUAUUAGAGAUGCCAAUCAUUUCGUCACUCGACUUGCGAGACAACCGAAUCACUGAUGACGGUGCUAAUGCUCUGCUGGAAGUUCUGCGGUUGCAAAUCAUCAUGGCGAAAACUCCGCCCACGAUUGAUCCUCGAACGAAGCAACCACUUUAUCCACCGCUGCCUGAGUACACACGGUACGUGACGAAUGUAAAUCUGAAAGGCAAUGAGGUAUCGUCCUCUGUCCUUCAAGAGUUCUCGCACUAUGUGGAUGUGUUACGUCGCGAAGACAAACGACUGGAAAUCCGUGCGGCACUCAAUCAGAUUGAUUGCAAUAGCGACGGUGGAAUCGACGAGGAAGAGUUCAAAGGUGUACUCAAACUCCUUACUGCAUCCACCCCAACGAAAAAGGAAAUGCGAGCAUUCAUGCAGCAACAUACUUUAUCUACGGACAGCACACAAAACGUGGUUAAUCUCGAAAAUGUUCUUCUGGCUAAGUGUGCGGUAUCGCCGUCCAGACACUCGGCAUGUCCACCGUGGGAGUCAUUGGUUCAAGAACGUCACGCCAUUCUAGGAGCUCCUCGGAUGACACCUGCAGUGAUAUCCACGAGUCAGAUGUCUCCAGAUCCUUCAUCUACUGCUCGCUUGAGCCGACCCAGCGUUGGCAGCAACGUGAUAACUGGAAACGUCAAUCCGUCUGUCCACAGCAGCAAUUUUCCCGAUGUAUCUCCCUUAUCGUCGCCUUCAUCUCAAGCUCCAGUUGCGCCUAUCGAGGCAAUGAAUGUUCCAACAAAGCCACCGCCAGGAUCCGAUAACGUCCCCGUAGUUGCUCAGCAAGCGCUCAAUAAAGUAUCCGAGUCGAAAGGUGCAGCAUCACAACCCGAUCAAUCAGCCACGCUGACGAAAACCCCACUAGUUCCUAUGCUUCCGCUUGCCUCAGUUGUGCAAAAUACAACGCGUCUCAGUCCACGUUCUUCUCGAUCAAGUUUUGGUGAUGAUGGACAACGAAAUCCCAUCAAGCACUCAGCCUUGACAGGACAAAGUUUCGUUGUGCCUGCACCCUCAUCGCCCCAUGACUCCGAUACUAGCGAUAAUAUGAGUGUGGUUUCUUCGACUUUUGGUGGAUCUGUGACGCAACGAUUUUUGGAGGAUCAUGGCAACAACACUGUGACAGAACGCAAAGCUCAUAUACCGCCGACAAUAAAUACCCAGUCAACGACAUUGGAUUCCCCACGCUGGCAAAGUGAACCUUUCAUAAGAGACGAUGAGGAAAUAUUUAGUAGCACCGCCGCUAGUACCGCUCGAAAAGAAGAGGAUGAGCUGAACGGUGGUGUUGAUGAUGCCGAUAUGCGCUCAGCCACCAACCACAAGUUCCCAAUCUCUGCCAAAACUUCAGGAAGCAGCAAUAGGCUUAGUGACAACAAAAAAGACGAGGAAGUCGAAGAACGAAUAGAUUCGACGACAUUUGACGUGACAAAAGACGGCAAAGAGCGCUACGUGGCUAAACUCAUACAUUCAGAAUUCAGGAGCGGUCUAACCGUAAAAGAUUUUCCAGCUGAAAUUCCAUUCCGAAAUCUGUUGGCACUACUUCUUCCCGACAAUGGUCUCCCAGAUCUUGCAUUAUUUACUGAGUGUCGCUUUUCAUUCGUCACUGUGCUCGAUUUGUCACGAAACAAGCUGCUCAAGCUACCAGACGACGGAUUAACCGCAUUUCCACGACUGGAGGUGUUGAAUCUGGCAGAGAACCGGUUGAAAACCAUUACUGGACUCGCCAAGAUAUUUAAACUCCGGGCUCUUGGACUAAGCCGCAAUGCUAUUCGAACCGUGAAAAACAUCGAGCACCUUUCACAGCUGGAGGUACUGCAUUUAGGUCACAACCAGAUUGCUACCGUCCACGCUCUUCGAAUUUUAUCACUCAACAAAAUGCUGGCUCACUUGAAUCUAGACGGUAACGCUGUUGUCGAGACAGACGAACGCCAGAAGCGGAAGAACAUUGUUCAUGUGCGGAAUCUCCUGCCUGGACUCCAAUCACUCGGCUCGAUCCCGUUAGCAGGUCUCCACAUCAAAGACAAGAAGAAAGCGAGCACCAGUACUAAUUCCGGCAAAAGUUUAUUUGCGAGUGACUUGAUUCCCGACAACAAGACGUUGUGGGUCUCUACUGCUUGUGAUACACUCCAUAUUUUUCAGGAUUCCAAUCUUGGUGCAGAUCAGAGUCAGUAUGAAGAUGAAUGGGAUGCGAGAGAUGAAGACGGAGGAGAGGGUCGACCUAAAAAGCCACUAACACGAGAGCAACAGCGACAAAGAGACGAACUCAGAAGUCGAGCUCUUGGAUUUCGAUCACGACAGAAAGCCAUUCCCUCACCAGCGAAGGUCAAGACAUCUGUAUACAGCUUUGGACCACCCCAGCAACCUCCUACAAGGAAGAAGAAGAAAAAGCCCACACCAGCUGACCCGAGUGUGGUAAGAGAACAGCAACGUCGAGCAAGUGAGCUCAGUGCCCCCAAAUACACUCCAGUCGAUAAAACAUUGAUGCACCAGGAGCAGAAAAGAAAGUCUCGCGUCGAUUUCAACGCUGCGAUGACAGUUGGAGAGCGACUACAACUUGCAAGAGAUAUGACUCAACGACGACCUACCGCUACCAUAAGUCUUAGCGCGAGAUCGCGAUCAAUACUGGCAAAAGUUGAGAGUCGCAAACGAGCGAGUGCUGCGUCGGCUAUGACUAUUAACGAGGAAACUAUCGAACCAGAAGAAAUCCCAAAUGCUGCUUCUCGAUCCCCCAGUCCUCAACCUUCUCCAAUGAAAGAUACUUUGGUAUUUCGCAUUGACCCAGCUGAUACUCCUCACUCACCAAAAGUUCUCACAUUCCGCGUCGAUCCGUAUCCUGCUGGAAUGAAUGAACAGCCAAGCUCGCCAAAGCCAAACGAGUCGAAGGAAGCUGGUUUCUUGCACGACCUCGCCGUUUCAGACUUCAUAAGCCAUGCCGAAGAGGAGUUUUCAACUGCACUGACUGCUCUGAAUGUGCUGCUUUCUAUGAGCGAAAAGGAGCAGGGAGAUCGAAAGAAAUUGACAGAUUAUCGUGCAAGUCUUGGCGCAUUGGACAUUCUCAAUGAACAUGAAAGCCACGAAUUGUACAAAAAGGCUCAAGGUCACUCCGAUAACGAACUUGAAGCUCAAUGUACUGAAUGGUUUACCAAGUUGGGUGUUGUGAAGAAAUGUAUGCGUCAACUUUUGGAGAAACUAGAAGUUCAUGCUCCGGGCUCCGGCGUAAUUCGCGCAUACUGCCGGUGUAUCCGAUCCAAUGAACUGCGUGGAAUUAUCACCACAAUGCUUGAAGCCCAAGAAGAUGUUCUCAACCAGACUGAGAGGAUCGAAACUGACAAGGAGAAAUCCUUACUUGAAAAGGAGCACGGGGUAUCCAAGGAAGGACCAAAUGAUGCAAAUGAUGAAAAACCGACUCAAAAGGAACUGGCGUCUGGUCCUAGUGUUACCUCUCGACUCUUUGGAGAUACAUCGUCACUAGUUCGUGAUGAGGUCGACACCAAUGAUAUCAUUCCCGAGGAGAAACCUUGUGAUGACCAGAUUCUUGACGCGAUCCCCGAAGCGGAAAUAAAACCUAGUGACGACCAAAUUCUAGAUUUCUCGGUUUGUGCUACCGACUUGGAUUUCUUGGAAUCAAAUGAUUCCGUUUUUGAUGAAGACAAGUCCGAAAAAGUGAAAGAGGGUGAACCAGUUCCCCAACAAGUGGACUAUACCAGUGCCGAUUUGGGCAUUGAGGAUCACUCUUCCGUCUCAGACCCGGCACUUCUCGCCUCUACGACAGACUUUACGAUGGAUAUUCGGAUGAGCGAUCCCGAAAGCAACAAAAAAACUGUCGAUGCUCACUGGGAGAUCGACGCUACUGAAGAUAACGACAACUCCAGCAUCAUCGACGAUUUAGCAGCGAUCGAAGAUGAAGGCGCAACUGAAGAACUUGGCGCAGCGAUCGAACCGGUUGAAACAUAUGAGAGUGACAUCAACGACCACGCUACUUUUGAUAACAUAGGAGAUGAAUCAACAGACAUUCCUACUCACAUCGAACCAUCAGUCGAGGCAACAGUAACUCAAAACGAGAACUACGACUGGCUUGCCACGUCGAACGAACUCAAUGCCGAGACUGCGGAGGCAGAUUCGUUUGAGCAAGAAAUGAAUGCUGUGUCUGAAGACGAAGCGGAUAGCGCAGUUAUUCAAGAACAAGCUGAGGCAGAUCACGACUAUGACUGGUCUACCACUGAAGUCACUGUGCCAACUAUGGAAGAGGAAGCUGAAGUGCCCCAGGAGGUCUGCGAAGAAGGCACUUACGAAGCUGAGGAAACCUACGAGGGUGGAGAGGCCGAGGAAACUUUUGAAGAAAGAGAGACUGAAGAAAAUGUAAACUACGGAGCAGAAGGUGAUGAAGGUGAAGUGGUGACAGAGGAGGUGGAACCAUCAGAAGCCCAGCUCGAGAUAGGAGAAGGAGUCGACGCGGAUGACGAAGAAGCUGAGACGUUUGGCGACUGGGAAAAAGGCUUCGAUCCCAGUUCUAAUCAUUACUUUUGGUUUAACCACAACACUGGAGAAAGCUCGUGGACUCCCCCCGAUGGUUGGCCGUAUGAAGUCGACGAACCGUUCAGUACUGAAGACGAAACUGGCGGUGAAGAAGAGCAGCAAGAACAUGAGUAUGAACAGGGUACUGCAGAAGCUCAGGACUUUGGAGAGGCCGGUACGGAAGGUCACGCGUACGACGAGGCCGCGGCGGACGGCCAUUACUAUGAUGAGGGAACCGCUGAAGCUCAGCAGUACGACGCCGAAGGUCAGGGAUACGACCAAGGUGCGGCAGAAGGUCAAUACUAUGAAGGAAGCGAUGAGCACGCCUAUGAACACGGCGAGGGUGAGGCGGACGGGCAUUAUUACGAAGUGGGUACUGCAGAAGCUCAAUACUAUGAAGAGGGAGCGCCUGAAGGUCAAUGCUAUGAAGAACCAGCAGCCGUAGGUCAGGAGUAUGGUGAGACUGACCAGGAGCAAGUGUACGAAGAGGGCGUGGCUGAAGAGCAUCAAUACCAAGAGAACACCACUGAACACCAGUGGUACGAUGAAACUGCGGCUGAAGGUCAGGAGUACGAUAAGUUUGAGGCUGCCGCAGAAGAAGACCAGGUAGAACACGAAGAACGGGAUGGUACGGAAUCUCCACGACGCAGCGAGGUAUCCGACUUUGAGUUUGACGACAGCGAUCUGCCAGGUUUCUAA